AUGAUAGUAAAGAAAGAUGCACUUAUGCUUACUGGAAUAAAUGUUUGUUUAAUUUGAAGCGAGUUAAUUGUGCCAAAUUUUUGUUAUCUCUAAAGCGGUUUUUGGAUAUAUUUAAAAUUAUUUCUGCUUAUUGAAAAGUGUGUUAACAAUUUUUUUUAUCAGUGGUAAGUUUAUUCAAUGUGAAAUAACUUAAUAUGAAUUAUAUCUUCGCAGGAGGAACAAGCAAAGCAACAAGCUUUAAAUUACACAUUAAUUAAUACUCCUGUGGCUUUACCUGCGGCUAACUUUGCAACGAUAUUUCAACCCUCGACCUUCCAGGCAACUAAUGCAAUGCAAUUUGCUCCCGCCUUCUUUUCAACUUGUAAGUAUGUGUCCAAAUAUCAGGUGAAAUAACUUUUGUGCAUUGUUCUACGUCAGUAUUACGUUGGGUGAAAUUAGGGUAUAAAGGAUAUGGGUUAGCUAUAGAAUGAGGAUAAGGUUAUGAGUUAGGGUUAGGUUGGGAUAAGGGUUUUAGCAACGGGUAUGUUCGGAUUAAGUGUGAUUUCCAAAACGAUAAGUAUUAUUAAAAAACUUAUAUUACAAUUUAUAAACUAUAUAUAUAUAUAUAUAUAUAUAUAUAUAUAUAUAUAUAUAUAUAUAUAUAUAUAUAUAUAUAUAUAUAUAUAUAUAUAUAUAUACCGGGUGUCCCAAAAAAAAGUACUCCUGUUUAAUUCGUAAUAACUUCUAAACAAGUAAAGCUUUUAAAGAGAAAUAACUUGCAUCAAAUAGAGGAAUGACUAACUUAGAUUUUGAUAUAUUACAGUUGUAUUUAACUUAAAAAUUCACGGAGAUAUUAAUGUUCAAAAUCGGGAGCAUAUUUUGGGAUGUGUCAAAAUUAGCGAAAAUCGCCAUAUCAAAUAUUAACUCCAGCGUUUGUUUGCUUAAUGACAUAUCAGGCUAACUUGUAUUUCAGCGAAUUAUCGUUAGGGUUUGUAAGGGAUAUGGCGUAGAUUUAGACAUCUUACAUGUAAGUCUUAGCUCAUUGUUUCCUGAAAUAUGAACGUUCGAAAUUAUGCAAGUAUUUAAUAUUAGGUCUUUACGAACUUAAAUGUACAUGAAAGACUGACCAUGGAAGGCAGGCGCUUAAAUUUUUCGUAUUCUUAAAUAGCCUAAUUUUUUUAUGUUUUUAAUGGGUUCAAACAGACUGAGUAGAUUAUUUCUCGGUUAGAGCAGGAUGAAUAUUCUUUAUUGAAGGAAAUAAUAUUGCUUUUUGCAAAUACACAUCACCGUAUCAACGCUACUAUUUUGUUACGUUUUGUUCCAAAAAUGUUGCAUGUCUCUGGGGAGUUGCUUAAUUGUUAUGUCUUAUGGAGUUGUAUGGUUUGAUUGUGUUUCAUAUAAUUCUCAGUUUACUCUGAACUUGCCAAGAUUAAGAAAAGGCAAAAGAGUUUGGGUGUUCUUAACAAGAUUUCAGAACGUUGCAGAAGUUAGAACAGCUUCACAAUUCCGUUGUGACAGCAUGCCCUAAUUCAGAACUACGAACGAUCCAUGACGAUCCUUCGCGAUGCAUGCGUGGUCUCAUGAAAUAAGGAAACGUAUUCGUGCUAGGAACACACGCGAAUUUCGGACGAAUAAAUCGUGCUUGUAUUUUGUAGAUAUAAUAAUACUUUGUUUCAUAAUAAACAAUUUGUCAAGUGUCAUUUGUUUACUGGUAAUAGUGCAUGUUUCAGUCGGGCAAAUCUUGAUUAAUAUUUGAUACGCCGUUUUUUGCAUAUUUCAGACACAUCCAGAAAUAUGCUCCCGAUUUUAAAGAUUAAUAUCUCCGUGAAUUUUUAAGUAAAAUACAACUGUAAUAUGUCAAAAUCUAAGUUAGUCCUUCCUCUAUUUGAUGCAAAUUAUUUCUCUUUAAAAGCUUUACUUGUUUAGACGUUAUUACGAAUCAAACAGGAGUACUUUUUUUUGGGACACCCGGUAUAUAUAUAUAUAUAUGUAUAUAUAUAUGUAUAUAUAUAUAUAUAUAUAUAUAUAUAUAUAUAUAUAUAUAUAUAUAUAUAUAUAUAUAUAUAUAUAUAUAUGUAUAUAUAUGUAUACAUAUGUAUAUAUGUAUGUAUAGAUGAGAACCUAAAUCUUACUGCCAAUUAAAUGUGUUCUAUAUGUUUAUAAGGAAUCUUAUUUUGCAAAAAAAAUUGAAUUUUCUGUACUUGUGAUACUUGUAUAUAGCAGGGGUUGAAAUUGACCGGGCACCAAAUGCGGUCAAACAUUCAUCGCCGGCAUUUGCCAAAGGUAACUCGAUUGAGAAAGAACAAUAAAGUAAUUGUGUAAAGCCUUAAAAUAUCUCGGUAAUCAAGUAUUUCAUUCUGCUUUUGCAUAUAAUUUCCCAACAAAUUGAUUAAACAACUGGAUUUUUUUAUGUUAUUUAUAUACAAAAAGAAUACUUCAUAACACGCAUUGAUUGAUGGCGACCUGAUAUUAAAUUUGGCAACCAGAUCUUAUUCACUGGUAGCCACUUGCGCAACCAAAAUAUUUUUUUUAAAUUUCAACCCCUGGCUUGUAGAGUGUUUGUUAAUAUUCAUAUUUUUCCUGAUAUUUGCACAGUGCCACUGACGGUUCCUCAGUUGACCACGACGACUGUAAAUACUGCUCCUUUUGUACACCCGCAAGUUCAACCGGUACAGUUUUAAUAUUUUUUAUUCCAGUUGACCUAUGACGUUUACAUGACGUCAGUUUGUUUAUUACACAAUGUACUUCACAUAGCAAAGUUUUCUUUUUGUGUGAAUUAUAUAAAGCCCAAUGUCAAAAACAGAUAAUAAAAGCGAUAGUAAAGACGCACCUAGUUACAUUUCAAGCAAAGCCUUUCAGUAUUAUCAAUUUUUUUUUACCAAUUUCCCAAAUCCUGAUGAUGGCAGUUGUGAACGGCGAAGGAUGCUUUUAUUUUUACAAGGUGGCUUUUAAUCACCCUUACAGAAAAUUUUGACUAUAAACACUUACCGAAUUUGCUCGAGUGUCAUGAGACAGAAGUCACAGCUGGUUAGAAGUCAAAGCUGGAAUAGCUGACAUUGUUAACCUCGAGUUCCAGUUAUUGUUUCCUGACCACUCGUCCUAAUUCGGGAAGUGUCUAUUACUGUGUUUUGUGAGUGUGUUUGUUUUAGUUAGCAUGGUUUAUACAGUAUGUAGCAUGGCAUAGCAAUGUAUUACUGUUUGUUUAUGGUGGAGAUAGUGUUUGUAUGAAACUAACAUGGUAUGGUAUGGUAUGGUAUAUGAAUGUUGUCGAGGAUGUCUUUAAAGAACGUCGAUAAUACAUACAGUGCUGUGCUCCAGUUAAGUUAACAUGGUUGACAACAUUUCGAAGAUCUUCCCGCCCAUGUGGGAAAUGAUAAAAUUCUACCCGUUGUUUUACCGUACCAUUGUUGAUUCGUAUGCAUAAACCUUUUGCUCUUAUGGGACGCGUCGACAAAUUUUGCUUACUUGCUAUACACCUAAAGGCGUGUUUACAUGGUCCCACCCAGACUGAAUGUGGGGAUGAUUCUGAUGUAUGGUUGGUAUUGACAGUUUACGAUGCAACAAAAUUUAUUUUCUUCAUGCAGAUUGCAUGAUAAGUCUGGGAAAUGGUAGAUGUGCAUGUAAAAUAUGUAAAUCGCAGAAGUUGUGAACUUACAGUAUAUUUCAACAAAAUCAUUUUGCCCUCAUCCCGCGGGCAUUCAAAUUUGGUCUUCACUAUAGCGACGCAUUCCAUAAGCAUUCAAAAAGACGAAAAAGCGAAAGAAAUUCAGUGGAAUCCACACACAAAUGAAAUGAGCGUGAGCUGUAAAUACCAGACGUUGCUCAUCGUUGUAAUUUAUUACAAUGAACCAGUGGCGAAUAACAGGGUGGGUUAGGAUAAACACAGUUGAGAAAGUAAUCGCAAUUGUUGUAAAGAUAAAUAGUCUAGGCUAAGUAAGUAACAUAAAUAAUCGUAAUACUUGAUGUAAUCGGUCACUGAAAAUCCCCAAUGGGGAAUGAGCUGAAUAAUAAUGUAACGUAAUUAGCCAAUCAGAUGCGUUUGAUAUAUCCGAUCAACCAAUCAGAUGUUUACUAAGCCAGUGAGAGGUAGCAGUGAUGGAAGUCAAAUCUGAACCAAAAUUGUCGUCCAUAUAGAAUUUGCAUUUGGCUUCCCUUUUCAUGAAGUUAUUGUCGUCCAUAUAGAAUUUGCAUUUGGCUUCCCUUUUCAUGAAGUUAUUAGCGUACGAGGAAUAAUCAAUAUAAAUCAUAACAUUGAUUACAGUAUAUUUCAUUUAGGUGUACAGUAUAUUUCAUUUAAAUUUCGAGAGUUUUCGACUCUUCGUCAAAUGCGACCAUAAGCAAAAGGUUUAUGCAGCAAUAGCGAGCAUUUUAUAAUUGCAUUUUUUAAACAAAUUUGACAACCAGGUUUGUUUAUAAUUUCUUUUUGCGACAGGAAUAUAAUUGUGUUUUGGGUGAACCUGCAACAGGAGUUUUCUAUGGCUACCAACCGUAUUAUCCAGCAAAUGGAUGUCAGUAUAUGCCCUACGCAGAGCAACAGGUCUGAGUUGAGGGGAGCUUCGACACGUUUCCAUUGUUGGCGUAGUAAGGGCCGGUGGGGAGUACUACUAUAGUAUAGUUAAUAUACGGAAGUUUGUACCUAACUUGAUGCAAGGUGACAGAAACGACGUGCAUAUUUAAGUUAUUGUUUACAUCAACACUCUGAUUGGCCUCGUGUGUCUUUUAGGACAAUGAAAUAUGUUUAAAUGAAAAUUGAAUUUCUCAUUAAUUUCAUUGAAUUUCUCUUUUUUUUUUAUGAUAUUUCAUUUCCCACGCUGGUUCAGUACGUCUAAUGGAAAUACGAAGAACCCCCCAAAAUUCCCAAUAGUAUAUUUAGCUUUUAUGUUUCUGUUUACCUUGGGGUCAUAGUGUGGUACAAGUUAUCCGUGUUUAUCUGGCACAACACUAAAACAAGUUGGUUAUUUCACGCUAUAAAAACAUAAUGGAGGUUCUAUUUUGUGAAACAAUCAACUUUCCUAAUACUUUAUAAAAGCGGAAAUAUUUUAUCUCAACAGCUCUCCCUUAUUAACAACCAAAAACAAAAUCAACGUCCCAUAUGUCGUGAUUACAAAGCUGGCAAUUGUAGAAGAGACUCUUGCAGAUUUAUUCAUCUCGAUAACCGUGAGUUUUGAUCACUGCUUCUAGGCCGUCAGAGUUUGACGAAGUUGUAAGGCACUCUCAUAUGACGUCAUAAGGCACUAUCAUGUGACUCAUAAGACACCCAUCAUAAAACACUCUCAUAUGACGUCAUUCGCACGAGGUAAUUUCAUAUGGAGUCAUUCUCACUUCCCCUUAUGAGAAGUCCAAGAACGCUGCAAUAACUGCAGUACGCUUUUCACCAUAGAUGUUUAUAAACAUAGUGCUGGUGGAAAUGACGAAAGCACGCAUAUACAGCAUGUAUAAAACGCUGUGGUCCUCAUUGAUGAUUUAUUUAUUCCUAUACUGUUGUCUUUGUGCAGCUAAUACGUUGCCUGGUAAACAUCACACAAAGUAUAAUUGGCAUAAAAAAGUCAAGUGAUAUUUUCUGAUAUUUUGAGUAGCUCCCAUCAUUGAAGAACAUUUAAUGUCGUUUGGCGAGCAUUUAUAAGUGAGCCUAUACUUUUGUCAAACUCUGCAUUCGUGUAUAAUGCUGCUUUAAACAUCCCGUUUUCUAGACUCUUUCCAUAACCUUAACAACCAGAAUCGUUUAACGGCCUUUUAAACUGAACUGUUUACAUUCCCAUUUGUCCUAUAAUAUCAAUUUGUGUGGACCACAGUAAGGCACUAUAUCAACUUGUAAUUUGUGUGGACCACAGUAAAAACACUAUAUCAACUUGUAACGUUAACAACUUUAAUACAUCGUCCUAUUCUGUGACGUCAUUGAUUUCAAGAUAUCGCAUCCAACAAUGUACAGUAUUAAUAUAAAAAUUUCCACAUCUGGGUGGAUAACCCCCUUAUCUCCUUAGUCUGAAAAUAAUUUUGAAUACAUAUACUUUGUCUAACACUGGCCUUAAAACCUGUACAACUGGAUAGAGAUUUAUGAUAUACCUUCUGGAGCUGGCCAACAUUAGUUGUGAACAAUGUAUGACCGGUGAGCAUGUAGAUUAGAUAACAAACCACUGCAUUACGCUUGCUGUCCAUGACCAUUUAAAUUAUUUUUUUUAAUUUGAAUUGUGAACUUGAAUUUUGAUCAUUUUGAAAUUUGACCAUUGUUAUGCAAAAAAAAAAUUGCUGCAAAGGGGGUCCAUUUAAGCCCCAAACCAAGUUUCCAUUUUGUCGCAAUCCUCUCGACCAUGUAUAUAUGUCGAGGUAGCCAGCUAAUAGAGUGUAUAUCUACAAUCAGAAAAAACUGAUUUUCAUACAGCGCACAAAAAUCAAGAUAAUGUCGCUACCAUUCCCAUAGAUUUUGGAAAAAAGUCUACCAGAUCGAGUCUAAAAGUGUAAACGAAUAACUAUCACAAGUGACUUGAGUGACUUAAGCCUGGUUUACACUAUCAAAGUUUCUAUAAUCACAUAAUGAAGAAAUGUUUAAACACAGCUGAGUCAGUUUCCUCGAACAACGGUUAGGGUAAGGGUUAUUAGGGUCAGCAUUCAUAAACAGCGAGAAAUGAAUCUAUAACCCCCAAUAACCACGAGUUAUGUUUUAUGUCUCGCGCAUCAGUUAAUAGCAACCGGUCGAACGCUUUUUUCCAGAUGUGUCAUUUAACAGAUAUGGUUAAUAGCCCAAAUCAGUCGUUCGUAUCUCUCAUUCUUACUAGUGAUCAUUGGUGUAGUUGGUGAAGUAUCUAAUAACGCACCUGCUCUGCAUGAAAUCACCUAGUAAUCGUGGUCAUCUUGAAAUCGUAAAAUAUACGUUUUGGUCAUUCGUAUAUAUUUUUAGACAAGAUCCCAUUUCUACAUGCAUUAAGAAGCAAAUAUGCUACAAUCGUGGCCAAUUGUUUGUGGAACGCGCGGUGAUGUCAUGUCAGAUCAAAUAAAAUAGCGAACAAUGCAACAUUGAUAGGGGGAUGGGGGAUUUUUAAAUUAGAAAAUAAGAACUCAGAAUUGCACCUGUCGUUCCACAACAUUGUUGAACAUGCAUUGUUAUACUUUCUGUAGUCGUAAGGAAACAAUCCAAUGUAAGCAAUCCUAACUAACGAAGUCCCCUCUCUAUUCACACCCGCUACUCAAUAAGCCCCCGCCGUCAAAAGUGCCUGAUAUAAAUAAGUCCUUGGAGGGAGAGCGGAGGUCGCGCAAUGGGGGAUUUACAUAGCAUGUUCAAAGACCAUUCAAAAUUGUAGGAUCUUGUGCACCGCAGUCAUCUCACAUAAUUUUGGAUUAUUAUUUGCAGGAAAUGUAG